AUGCCCCCUCGGAAGCGAGGAGCCGCGUCGCCCGCGACCCCCGUGGCAUCCGGCGGCCGCCGGUCGACCCGCAUCAGCUCGUCCGGCAAGAAGAGCCAGUACUUCGAGUCCGACCCCGACGAAUCUGACGACAAGAUCGAGGACUCGUCAGCGAAUGACUCCAAGGCGACAAAUGGCAAUGGCACAGGGAGGAAGAGAGGCAGGCCGCGCAAGAACCCGGUGUCGCGUCCGACCUCUGCCAAGAAGAAGGCCAAGGUCGAGAGCGAUGACGACGGAGACGAGUUCCGGGACGAGGCAGAAGAAGAGGAGGAUGACGACGACGACGAGCUGGACGAGGACGAGGAGCCGAGGGUCACAAUCACGCCGCUGAAGAAGAUGCGACCCGCCGGCGAUAUCGACUACCAGGAUGACAGGCUGCAUCCGAACACUCUGCUGUUCCUCAAGGACCUCAAGGCGAACAACAAGAGAUCAUGGCUCAAGUCCAACGAUCCCGAGUACCGCCGCUCCCUCCAGGACUGGAACAGCUACGUCGAGACCCUGAUGCAGAAGAUCAUCGAGGCAGACCCCACCAUCCCAGAGCUGCCGCUCAAGGACGUCGUCUUCCGCAUAUACCGCGACAUCCGCUUCAGCAAGGACCCCACCCCGUACAAGCCGCACUACAGCGUCGCCUUUUCGCGCACCGGGCGCAAGGGCCCCUACGCCUGCUACUACGUCCAUUGCGAGCCCGGGUCGUGCUUUAUCGGCGGUGGUAUCUGGCACCCUGACGCCUCGCACGUGGCAAAACUGCGGGCCUCCAUAGACGAGAGGCCGCGGAGGUGGAGGAGGGUGCUGCUUGACGAUGCCUUCCGGACCACCUUCCUUCCUGGGGCCAAGAGCGGCGAUGAGAAGAGCUGUGUCAAGGCGUUUUGCAAGGCGAACGUGGAGAACGCCCUGAAGACGAAGCCAAAGGGAUUCGACGCCGAUCACCGAGACAUCGAGUUGCUUAAGCUGCGCAACUUUACGGUUGGCAAGAAGAUCCCUGACAGCAUCUUUACCGCGGACGAUAGCCAGGACAGGAUCGCGGACAUUAUCAGGGCCAUGGUUGGAUAUGUGAGCUUCUUGAACGACGUGGUCAUGCCGGAUCCGAACCUGGACAGCGAAUCGAGCUCGGAGGACGAAGACGAGGAUGAGAAUGGCGACGGCGAGGACGGCAGCGCAGAUGAUGAAUGA